CAUGACAUACUGUGCAUUAAACCAAUGUGGAUCUCCAGCAUUCGAGUGAGGCUUCCGCCCCCUCUGCUAUCUCAAGUUUUUUUGUUGAUUGAUUGAAACAGAUGCCAAUGUUGCCAUAGCUUUACCGAACUUGGUACGACACCGGUUUAGGCAUGCCUCUGGCUCGCAGCCUGUCCAUCACCUCCCUGUCGGGGUUGGAGGAGUGGGAUGAGGAGUUUGACCUGGAGGAUGCUGUCCUCUUCGAGAUCGCAUGGGAGGUGGCCAACAAAGUUGGUGGGAUUUACACAGUGAUCCAGACCAAAGCCCGUCUGACGGCAGAGGAAUGGGGAGAAAACUAUUUCCUGGUUGGUCCGUACGUGGAGAGUAACGUCCGCACCCAGGUGGAGCUGAUCGAGCCCACCAACCCUGCCCUUAAGAGAGCCAUAGACAAGAUGAAUUCCAGUGGAUGUAAGGUGUACUUUGGUCGUUGGCUGAUUGAGGGCAGUCCAUACGUGGUGCUGAUAGAUGUGGCGUUCACUGCCUGGAACCUGGAUAAGUGGAAAAAAGAGUUGUGGGACAACUUCUCUAUCGGGGUGCCCUGGUUCGACCGCGAGGCCAACGACGCCGUCCUCUUUGGCUUCUUGACCGCCUGGUUACUAGGAGAGUAUGCAGCGCAGUGUGAGGAGCCUCCCCAUAUCCUGGCCCAUUUCCAUGAGUGGCUGGCAGGCCUGGGCCUGGCGCUAUGCAGACAGAGACAGUUGCCCGUGGCAACCAUCUUCACCACCCACGCCACCCUGCUGGGACGUUACCUGUGUGCCGGCAGUGUGGACUUCUACAACAACCUCGCCGAUUUCAACGUGGAUAAGGAGGCGGGGGAUAGACAGAUCUACCAUCGCUAUUGUCUGGAGCGGACAGCUGCGCGCUGUGCUCAUGUCUUCACCACCGUCUCUCAGAUCACAGCCGUUGAGGCAGAGCACCUGCUCAAGAGGAAACCAGACAUAAUCACCCCUAACGGGCUGAACGUGAAGAAGUUCUCUGCCAUGCAUGAGUUCCAGAACCUGCACGCCCAGAGCAAGAACCGUAUCCAGGAGUUCAUCAGAGGUCACUUCUAUGGGCACCUGGACUUCAACCUGGACAAGUGUCUGUUCCUGUUCAUCGCUGGGAGGUAUGAGUUCAGCAACAAAGGAGCUGAUAUCUUCUUGGAAGCUUUGGCCAGACUCAACUAUCUACUGAGAGUCAACCACAGCGAUGUGACUGUCGUUGCGUUCUUCAUCAUGCCUGCGCGGACCAACAACUUCAACGUGGAGACGCUGAAAGGCCAAGCAGUCAGGAAGCAGCUCUGGGAUACCGCUCACACAGUGAAAGAACGCUUCGGAAAGAAACUUUAUGAAUCACUGCUGGUUGGGCAGUUGCCGGACGUGUCCAAGAUGCUGGACAAGGACGACUUCACCAUGAUGAAGCGUGCCAUCUUUGCCACCCAGAGGCAGUGCCAGCCUCCCAUCUGUACCCACAACAUGCUGGAGGACAGCAACGACCCCAUCCUCACUUGCAUUCGCCGCAUCGGCCUGUUCAACAGCUCUGCCGACCGCGUCAAGGUGAUCUUCCACCCAGAGUUCCUGUCCUCCACCUCUCCCCUCCUGCCGAUGGAUUAUGAAGAGUUUGUAAGAGGCUGCCAUCUUGGAGUGUUCCCCUCUUACUAUGAACCAUGGGGAUAUACACCAGCUGAGUGUACAGUCAUGGGGAUCCCCUCAAUCUCUACCAACCUCUCUGGGUUUGGCUGCUUCAUGGAGGAACACAUAGCUGAUCCCUCAGCAUACGGAAUCUACAUCCUUGAUCGACGGUACAGAGGGGUUGAUGAGUCAUGUAACCAGCUCACAUCGUACCUGUUCCAGUUCUGUCAGCAGAGCCGGCGCGCCAGGAUCAUCCAGCGGAACCGCACCGAGCGCCUGAGUGACCUUCUGGACUGGAGGUAUCUGGGCAGGUAUUACAUAUCAGCUCGUCACAUGGCCCUGGCUAAAGCCUUCCCGGAUACCUACUUCUACCAACCUCAUGACUCUGAGACUGCCCAAGGUUUCCGUUACCCUAGACCGGCCUCUGUGCCCCCAUCUCCGUCUCUGUCGCGCCACUCCUCCCCCCGCCAAAGCGAGGCGGAAGAAGACGAUGACCGCUAUGACGAAGAUGCAGAGGCAGAGAAAGACCGCUUGAACAUCCGCCAGCCCUUGACCCUGCCUAGUAAAAAGGGUCCCGCCUUGCCUUACACCCUGCCAGGUGCCAACGGAGAGAAAAACGGAGCCGCCAGCGUGAAAAACUGACUGUCUCACACACACACAACAUACACAAACGUACAUAUGCUGACACUCACCACACAACAUACAUGUUACAAACACGGUACUCUUAUCUUGACCGUCUCCACUUCCAUAAUAUAGAUCUGACAACUGCUGAAGAGAUGAGCUCUUACAGUAUGUUAUUCAUCCAGCAGCCAGAACGUCUUCCAAACCUACAUGCAGCUCCGCCUCUGUGGGCAUCCUGUCCUGACAUGGAGGAGGAGAGGGAAAGGAUGGCUAGCCCGGUGACGUUUCCUUGAGUUAAAGAGCCCAGCUUUGAGAUAACAAAGUGGGGUAACUUGGAGUAUAUAGGAGGGUUACCUCUGGUCAUUAAUCUAGGUUACCUCUGGUCAUUAAUCUAGGUUACAUCUGGUCCACAGGAGGCUGCUGAGGGAGGAUCAGCUGGAAUAAUGACUGAAACCAUGUGUUUGAUGUAUUUGAUACCAUUCCAGGUAUUCUGCUCCAGCCAUCACCAUGAGCCCGUCCUCCCCAAUUAAGGUGCCACCAACCUCCUGUGCUCUGGUCCUUAAUCUAGGAAUUUAUGAAAUCCUUGCCAGUGUAGACUAACAUGAGUUGUAACUGAGGCUAAGAUAACCGUAUCAUCAGGAUAAAGAAACUAGGGCUAAUUAGUCUUGCUAGCAAAGGCAUUGGCCCACUAUGUCAUAGUCACACAACCUACCCAACAGCGGCAAUUAUCCUGUUCAGACACUGAAGCAGUAACAGCAACCUGUUUAAACAGUAGCAGCACUUUUCCUGUCACACUGAAGCAGUAACAGCAACCUGUUUAAACAGCAGCAGCACUUUUCCUGUCACACUGUAGCAGUAACAGCAACCUGUUUAAACAGCAGCAGCACUUUUCCUGUCACACUGUAGCAGUAACAGCAACCUGUUUAAACAGCAGCAGCACUUUUCCUGUCACACUGUAGCAGUAACAGCAACCCAACCAGCAGCAGUACUUCCCUUGGCUAGGAAACCAAUAAGAGACACAUUUAGAGCUGGGCCCAUAGAGUUAGACUAGAUAGAUGUACUGUAUAUAGCCCGUUUUCUGCAUGGACAUUGCCAUUGAGGGCUUCUACCACAGAUACUAAGAUGAGUCCUCUUUCUAACUCUAUGGCUGAGCCUCAGAACGUCCUGCUGAAGAGCCUCCUGCUGAAACAGGCUCCCAUUCGUUCAGAGAUUCAGACCUUUCUCUGGGCCUUGUACUGUAUUAGAACCGGCAUUACUGUGUGUAAAAACUGUCGAUUGGUCACCUUUUAACCUUUCAGUCAGUGAGCCUGUGUCUGAGUGUUUUUCUUUGUGUGUGUAUGUUUGAUGGAACACUGAUUCUGCCUGCACUCUGAGGUUUAGGUAAAAGGUGGGGCUUCCGUCCUGAGAAGCUAGUGGUGUUUUUAGACGACAGACUGUAUUAGAGAGGAGCGAAGGGAAAAGGUCACAGGUUUGGGUGGAUCCUAUUCCCAGCUGUGCACAGCCAGAUAACGAGAUGAGUUGAUCCAGAUCCCACACUGCUGUCAGUUUGUUUGUGUUACAAUCUCACACCAGAGGAGGAGAAAAUAAAGUCUAUGUAUUAAUGAUGAAA